CUUCCCUCCCUCCGGAAAUCUCUUUCCUCUGUACUCCCACCCACUGCCUAACAUUGGAGCUUUAGAUUUCUCCAUUACCUGUUCAUAUUCUAAUACAAAAAUCUAAAUAUGACGUCACGUUUCCAUCGGUCAAACCUCGGCGUCAUGUCACCGCACAGAAUGAUUCGAUCGAACAAUCCAAAACCGACGAUUCUGGUGUCUCUGAUCGCUCGAAAUCACGCGAAUCAACGGCUGAGGAUCGGUCCACGAUCUCUAGACCAGCCAAGAUCGGUGGUAGUCAGGACGGUGGUGCGAGGUGGAGCCUGGGAUUCAACGCCAGACGGCGGAGAUGCGGUGGAGAAUGCAGGCCCCUGCUCUUACGCCGUGGAUGACGUAAGAUUCGGUGAUUUGGUGGAGAAGAGCGGGAGUGGUUGCGGCGGCGAUCGGACGGUCGCGGUUGAGAGGAGGAGCAGCUAUCGAACGGUGGAUGUCAUGGUUGCAUUUGCGGCUACUGUAGUGUUAGGUGUAGGCAACCGAGUGCUCUAUAAGCUAGCUCUCGUUCCCCUCAACCGCUAUCCAUUCUUCCUCGCUCAGCUCGCCACUUUCGGGUAUAUAGUUGUUUACUUUUCGAUCUUAUAUCUGCGCCAUCAUGCUGGAAUUGUUACGAGUGAGAUGCUUUCGGUGCCAAAAGCACCAUUUCUGGCUGUUGGCCUUUUGGAGGCUCUUGGUGCUGCAACUGGGAUGGCUGCAGCAACAAUUCUUUCUGGAGCAUCAAUUCCGAUUUUAUCUCAGACUUUUCUUGUCUGGCAAAUUCUCCUGUCUACUAUUUUUCUUGGGAGGAGAUAUAGAUUAAAUCAACUACUAGGUUGCUCUCUUGUAGCAAUUGGUGUAAUCAUAACUGUUGCAAGUGGAAGUGGUGCUGGUCAUUCAUUUAAGGAAGCUGGUAUAUUUUGGAGUCUUUUAAUGAUAGUUUCCUUUCUUUUCCAAGCUGCUGAUACAGUUCUGAAGGAAACAAUCUUUUUGAAUGCUGCUCAGAGGUUAAAGGGAGGAUCCAUUGAUCUUUUUGUUGUAAAUUCAUACGGCUCUGCUUUCCAAGCACUGUUUAUUUGCGUGCUUCUACCUUUUCUGUCAAAAUUAUGGGGCAUUCCAUUUAGUCAACUCCCUAACUAUCUUAGAGAUGGAGCGGCUUGCUUCCUGAACAUUGGUAGUUUAUCAAGUGGAUGUGAUGGUGCACCCCUUCUUCCUUUGUUGUUUGUAAUUGUAAACAUGGGCUUUAACAUAUCAUUGCUACAUCUCAUCAAGAUCUCUUCUGCUGUGGUAUCUUCACUGGCAUCCACAUUUUCAGUGCCAAUAGCUGUAUAUGUCUUCACAUUUCCGCUACCAUUUGGCGCUGGAUCCUCUCUACCCACCGGCUUUGUUGCAGGGGCAAUCAUCCUUGUUCUAGGAUUGCUUUUAUAUGCUUGGACACCGUCAACUACUCCUGCUUGCCCCUCACUGUCGUCGCCACCUAAGUAGAAAAUCCUCAUCUCGCAGUUGGCUUUGCCAUUUUCUCCCCUGAACUCCGACGAAGCUUUUCAUCACCAUGUGCAUGUGGUCAUCAAAAGCUGGCGCUGCACAGAGUAUUUUGAGUGAAGAGAAGAAGGAAGAUGAAGAAUAUUGUAUCAUUUCGUAGUUCGUUUAUCUGUUUCUUUUCUGAGGCAGUUUGUAUGUCUUUCUUGUUCCAACAUUGAAAGGGCAAGAUGGCUACUCCCUUGGUAGCCACUAGCCUUCUCCAUGGUUCCCAGGGUGUGGAAACUUGGCUGUUUAGAGAAUCAUUUUUUCCUAUUGGAAAUAGCUGUGUUGCUAGGAAAUUGGAAUUUUGUUCCUGUGAAGAAAUUUAUAGUGUACCAAAACAAUAAAGUAAAUGUAAACUUCACAAAUAAAAUUCAUUUAUUUCAAACA